AUGGAAAGAAAAAGAGCCGUGCGUGUCAAUUUCCAGCAAGGUCUCCGCUCAGGGAUACAUACAUGGCCUGAAACGUAUCCUCUCCUUCCAUCUCCACCAUACUCCAGGGUCUGUUCUGUUACGUAUCAUACUGAAUAUGCCCCUGCAUUCCUACCUGUGCGGUGUAAGGUGGAAGACCGCUUGGAUCGCUUCAACAAUAACCAUGGCGCUAUGACACCUAGCUGCCGGUAUUGGAACUUGUCCUAUCUCAUUGUGGAUCUAGAGAAAGAUCGACGGCUUUUCUACGAACAAUCAAGGUCCUAUACGGUGUACAACACACGAAAGAGGAAGCUCUUGCCAGAUAUCAUGUUUCGAGUAUCCCAGGUAGGUAAUCUAAGCGUCUGCUUAGAGCUUGGCCUGCGAUGUCCACAAUCUUGCCGUGCGGAUGCCCUGACACCGACCCGUGCCUUUGUUCCACUGUGGAACGACUUGGAGCUUGAAUGGUUGUCUCCAUCUGGUGGCGGCAGUACACUUCCACGUCGUCGUCCGCGUAACUUGUCCAAGCCUCAUCCAUUCUAUCCCUCUGCGCCAAUUGCAACGGGCAAGCAUUUCUAG